CCCCUUGUCGCCGCUUGCUGCAGCCAUGGUCAACCCCACCGUGUUCUUCGACAUCACGGCCGAUGGCGAGCCCUUGGGCCGUGUCUCCUUCAAGUUAUUUGCAGACAAAGUUCCAAAGACAGCAGAAAACUUCCGCGCCCUGAGCACUGGAGAGAAAGGAUUUGGAUAUAAGGGUUCCUCCUUUCACAGGAUUAUUCCAGGAUUUAUGUGCCAGGGUGGUGACUUCACAUGCCAUAAUGGCACUGGCGGCAGAUCCAUCUACGGAGAGAAAUUUGAGGAUGAGAACUUCGUCCUGAAGCAUACAGGUCCUGGCAUCUUGUCCAUGGCAAAUGCUGGGCCAAACACAAAUGGUUCCCAGUUUUUCAUCUGCAUCACCAAGACUGAGUGGCUGAAUGGCAAACACGUGGUCUUCGGGAAGGUGAAAGAAGGCAUGAACAUUGUGGAAGCCAUGGAGCGCUUUGGGUCCAGGAACGGCAAGACCAGCAAGAAGAUCAUUUCCGAUUGUGGACAACUCUAAUUCUUUCGACUUGCGGGCUUCUUACCCACCAGACCA